GAGCGGCUAAAGCUGUGGCUCUCGCCACUCGGGGAAGAGCAGCAGUAGGGGUUGCGGCAUCUCCAAAGCUUUGAAGCCUGUCAGUUAGGUGUUUGAAGUGUUUGAGAAAGGAGUGAACUCUCUAGUGCUUGGUCUAGGCAAGCAGUAGAGGUAGCAGGGGGAGUGCGUCCCUCUCAGCCAUGCCCCUCUCAGUGCACACGGGCAGCGUAUGGGGCAGUGCCUAAGCGACGGCAGCUUUUGCCUCAAUGAUACCAGUCCUUUGCUGCCUUUGCUGCCUCAGGUGAGAAGGAAAGUCGUACUGUUGUUCGCCAUGCUGUGCCUCUGGCUUUAUAUGUUCUACUCUUGUUCAGACUCCUGCGCUUCUGUGCGGGGCCUAGUGCUGCCAGGCACAGUGCCCCGUUUGCCAGCAGAGUCCCAAGCCUCUAUCACAUCUGCUUUAGCUACAGACGCCAUAGACCCCAAGAUACUCUUUGGGUUGCCACAGGCCCCCUUAACUGCAGUCAGGGUUGAGAGACGAAAGGAAACAGGCCGAGUACUUGCUGAUUCUGCCAGUCCAAUCUCUAGCUUCUUCAGUAGUUCUGCCAACAAGAAACUGCCGCAGGCAAUCAUCAUAGGGGUGAAGAAGGGUGGCACCAGGGCGCUGCUGGAGUUCCUACGGGUGCACCCUGACGUACGUGCAGUGGGCGCCGAACCGCACUUCUUUGACCGCAGCUACGACAAGGGGCUCACCUGGUACAGAGACCUGAUGCCAAGAUCCUUGGAUGGACAAAUCACCAUGGAGAAAACCCCCAGUUACUUUGUCACUAAGGAGGCUCCUGCUCGUAUCUCAGCUAUGUCCAAGGACACCAAGCUCAUUGUUGUGGUCCGAGACCCAGUGACCAGAGCAAUCUCAGACUAUACUCAGACACUUUCCAAACGCCCGGAUAUCCCCACCUUUGAAAGCCUAACUUUCAAAAACAGAACUACAGGCCUGAUUGACACAUCCUGGAGUGCCAUCCAGAUUGGUAUCUAUGCCAAGCACUUAGAAAACUGGCUCCUCUACUUCCCUAUCAGCCAGAUACUGUUUGUGAGUGGGGAGAGGCUGAUUGGUGACCCAGCUGGAGAACUUGGAAGGGUCCAGGACUUCCUGGGCCUUAAAAGGGUCAUCACAAACAAAAAUUUUUAUUUCAACAAGACCAAGGGCUUCCCCUGCCUGAAAAAAUCUGAGGGCAGCAGCAAAUCCCACUGCCUUGGUAAAAACAAAGGUAGAACACACCCCAAUAUCAACCAGGAGGUUGUUCAGAGACUCCGUGAGUUUUACAGGCCUUUUAACAUGAAGUUCUACCAGAUGACUGGACAUGACUUUGGCUGGGAUUAAAACAAACAAACAAAAGGUACUAUAUAGUUUACCAUGUAAAGCAGGGGCUUAUAAAAAAAGAUUAUAUAUAUGUAAAAUGUACAGAUAUCUAUUUUAUAAUAAUUUAUUUUCAAUUCAUCAGUAAUUAAUUCACCAAACUGUCUAGUCACACUCUUUAGAGAGUUAACAUCAAAGCCUAUUAAC